AUGCAGGACGGCGCCCAGGUCGAGGUCGCGCCCGAGGCGCCGCCGCCGCGGCCCUACACGGUCCUGGCCUACAAGACCAUGGCGACCAUGGCCGAGCGGCUCGUCGCGGCCGAGCCGCAGCGGUUCCGCUACUUCGAGACGUCGUGGGGCCGCUUCGAGGACAGCGGCAUGGACGACAUCGUCGUCGGCGGCUUCGCGCCGACGAACCUCGUGCGCCACACGCACGUGCUGAUGAUGUGCGACUUCCACAGCAACGACGCCAUCCUCUCGCAGCUCCACGUGCUGAUCAUGCUCUGCGAGUCGUUCAUCGCGUCGCUGACGAUCUUCCUGCCCUACCUGCCCGUGGCGACGAAGGAGCGCGUCACGGUCGAGGGCCAGGUCGCGACGGCGAACACGGUGUCGCGCAUGCUGUCGUCGCUGCCGCACCACGGGCCGCCCGCGCGCUGCAUGUUCUUCGACCUGCACACGUUGCAGCAGCGCUUCUAUUUGCACAGCGGCGCGGCGGCGAGCAUGCACUCCUGCAUCCCGCUGCUGCAGAAGUACGUCCUCGGCGACGGCAAGUGCGGCAUCGACGCGCUGGCGUUCCCCGACGAGGGCGCGCAGAAGCGGUUCGGGCACCAGCUCGCCGACGAGGGCCUCGACUUCAUCGUCUGCGGCAAGCAGCGCGUCGGCAACGACCGCAAGGUCACGAUCACGGACGGCGAGGCCCGCGGGAAGCGCGUCCUGAUCAUCGACGACAUGGUCAAGACCGGCGGCACCUUGGCCGAGGCCGCGAAGGCGCUCAAGGCCUCGGGCGCGACGCGCGUGUCCGCGUUCGUGUCCCACGCGGCCUUCCCCGGCGACUCGUACCGGCGCUUCUGCAAGGGCGGCGACCGCGCCGUCUUCGACCGCAUCUACGUGACGAACUCGAACCCGCUCGUCGCGGAGCGCCUCGCCGCGGUCGACCCGUUCGUCGUCCUCGACAUCCUGCCCCAGCUGCUGGUGGAUUUGUAA